AUGUCGGAACAGUUGGAAGAAACCAGAGCCAAUACAGAAUACAUCCGCAACAAAGGUUACAACGUGGUGGAGAGGUGGGAGUGUGAAUGGUGCCGGAUGAAGAAAACAAAUCGUGAAUUACAGCAUUUCAUCGCCACUGAAGUAAGAAGAACCCUCGACAAAGUGAAGAUUAUGAGCCCGGAGCGAAUUUUGAGCGAGGUGCGACAUGACCGUUUGUUUGAGUGCGUGGAAGUGGAUAUCCGUGUGCCUGAGCAUUUGAAAGAGAGAAAUUCAGUGAAAUGUGCCCUAUCUUCAAGAACACAGAAAUCAGCCGCGCUGACAUUGGAGACUUCAUGAAAAGCUACGCAGAAGAGUAUAACAUCAUGACUCAGCCUCGGCGAAGCUUGAUUGGCAGUAUGAAAGGCGAAAAAAUCUUGUUAGCCACACUUUUGCUGAAAUGGCACUUAGAACGCGGCCUGGAAGUCACCGAAGUGCACCAAGUGGUUGAGUUCACCUCUGAGCCCUGUUUUAAACCCUUUGGGGAUGCAGUGUCUGACGCUAGGAGAGCCGGGGAUGCGGAUCCUAGGAGAGCCAUCAUUGCGGAUACCAUGAAAUUGGUGAGUUUUUUUGUUUCAUUUUUUGGGGGGUUACAGGGAAAGGAAAAAAGGCAUAUUUCAUAGGUAAUAGCGGAGCACCAUGGGUAACAACAUUUGGUAAACUAUCUAUCCGGGAAAAUCUGGUUAUGACGUAGCGUACGCCCGCACGCCCGUCCGGACACACACUUCAUAUAAGCCGAUAUCAUAUGUCACAAUAGAUCUUGCACAACUUGACUAGCUUUUCAGUUUUGUAAGCCAUCUGUAUGAGUACGAUUAGAUUGAAACCUGUCAAAAUCAGACAUCCGCUGACAAUUAUCACAUGACCAUCUCGCGGGUUCAGAUGAAAGACCAGUCUUUUUGCCCCUACAUAUAAGCUGACAUAAUAUGUCACACUUACCAAUUCAACAUAAAAACGAGACUACGCCAGGCAUGGCAGGGCUGUCAGUCGGCUGACAGUCGUUUAAAGUUAUAUUGACAAGCCAAAUGAAGGUUUCAAAAUGGGACAUCUGCAGACCACUAUCAGAAAACUAAUAACGUAGGCUCGGUUCGCUCAGGUACACGAUCUGGCAUUUUCCACUACAAGCCGGACGGAUAUCUCUUACCCACACUCGUAGUUUGUUAAUUCGAAUAUUCGCCGUUCUAAUGAAGGUUAAUUGACAGCUGUCAAACUAGAGUAUAUGCUGACCAUCAUCACCUUACUGUAUCGCGAGCUCAUUUUUCUAUCCAUUGAGGUCACGUAGUUUUUAAAGUUUUUCGCUGAUAUUUUAUUUGAUUACGGGCUCAAUUCGAAGCCCUCAUAGCUUAGAAAAUCUAUCCAUCCUAGAAAUUCGGUAAUCACGUGACCGUAUACCGAUCAUCCGACCUUCCGUCUGUCCGCACCACAGGCAUACCAAUGUUUAAUCUCACACUUUCUAGCUAGUAUGGGAGCCUGCAACCUGAUAUUGUACACCCAUGUUUUGAUUAAUUGACAGCUGUCAAAAUUUUUUUGCUGACCAGUAUCGACUGACCGUAUCGCGGGCUCAGGUAUCGACCCACUGAGUUCGAGUGUUUUUUGAAGUUAUCCGCUGACAAGUUGUUACUUUUCAAAUGAUGGCAGGCUCAAGUUCCAUUUUUUUUAAAAUGUAUAUAUAAUAAGUCGUAUUCAUGAGCCGCACUUUUAACAUUUUGAUUUAGAACUGACCUCGGACGCGAGAAUUCAGCCGGUUUUUACAUGCAGGGAAGGCAAUCACUUUUGACUUUUCUCACUGUCACGCGUUGAUCACGCUCUACGUCCAAUUUUUAUGUUCUGAUUGGUCAAAAUUUGACAGGUGAGUUCAUGCAGAAAAUUUAUCCAGCGCCUGGAAACUUGCUUACUGAUAGCUGAAACUGACAGAGUUUUGUGUCAUCUUGUGAUGUUUUAAACUGUCUUUUUCUACUUGAUAUACAAAAUGAAAUACAGCUGCUAUCAAGAUUGUUCUGUAAUUCAUGGCUGGUUUGUUUAUUGCGCUUUUUGUUGACAAAUGCACCGCUUGUCAAAGUCAUUGGAAAUUCGAUUUCGGAUGACAUUGUUUUCAAAAAUGAGCUUACUCACUUGUAGUCUCCCUCGCAGCGUUUUUUGGAUGUCACCCAACGCUCCCCCAAAAGAACGGCUACUAACAUUCGAACUACAUUCCUUUCUCAUUGUCCUUGCGGUUUAAUUGCAGUUCUUUGAACAGACCAAUCACAUACCAGAUAAUCUGAAUAAAGUAAGGUUUCGCGCGACAUCCGCACACAUUUUAAUCCUACAGAGACUUUUCCUGCAACCCUCACGGGGUCAGAAAAGGUCUCAUAAAGGGCCAAGCCCUAAGACUUCUGAUAACUAACUCCUCAGCUAAUUAAAUCCUUCUAUGAGGACAUCUACAACUUCAAAAAACGCCUUCGCGCUAGAGGUUACCCUCACAAUCUCAUAGAAAAAAUCACCUCUGAGGUUAAAUUUACCGAUCGGAAGUCAGCUUUACAAAAUAACAAUGAAGUGCGAAAGAAAAUUCUGCCUUUUGUUACCUGACUCAUGAUUUUCAGAGACACUUUACUCUCAAUACUUGUCUUCGUGAAUGAAACUUAUUGUCUCUGCACAUGUUUCACCGAAUCAUAUUUAUGUUAUUGAUUGUUAGUAGUCCCUCUCGAAAGUUUUAUCGCUGCACCAGUUGUUUCCAGUCGAACAUAAACAUCGCAUGCCUUAAGGUAUCAGCCACCCUUAAAAUUGCCAUUUUUCCAUAUUUGAGGUUUCAACGUUUUCAAAUAGAUAUGCUUGAGAGCUUUCUUUUAAAAAAAAAUUAGAAGAAAAUAAUAUCUCUGUCGAAAGAUAUCGGGGGUAAAAGAUUUUUUCCCGUUAAUUAUCUUAAUUGAUCGUUGACAAGAUCUGUCAUAUCCGUGUCAUAUAUCAAUUAACUUGCCCGUGAACUAGUAACGUGAUACCGAGUGCGUGCUUCGACACAAGACGUGCGAAUUGUCUUCGCGUUGUUUAUAGCCUUUAGUAUUCUCCGUGGAUAUUUAGCGUUUGCCGCCAAAAAAAGAGAAAAUUUCGUCAUCGAAACCGAGAGCGAAAAGAAAUCGAAAGGCGAGUUUGACAAAGAAUGGGCCGCAAAAUUGGCAGAGAGCGACAAAGGCUCAUUUUAUCAGCAAGAGAAGUGGCUCGAGGAGUUGGAUAUUCAGAAAAGCGAAAAUGUUGCAGUUACUGAUCAUGAGAGUGCAAGCCGCUCCAAAAUCCAGCUUGAAGAGCCAGAUGAAGAAAGCCAAUUAAGCUCAUCGACCCCAUCUGCUGAUGGAACGUGGAAAACAAUAACCGGUCGAGCUAUCGUAUCGAGCGAAAAGCUGCUUGAGAAACUGGACGAGUCUGUAUCUUGUCGAUUUUGCUAGCCUGUUCCAAGCGUUCAGAUAGUGGAGAGCGGUGCGAAGUAAAGAAAGCGAUGAAAAGUAGAGGGGGAACGCCUGGAACAGGCUACGAUUUUGCCAGGGAAGAGUCCAAGUCAUGGAAAAUGUAGCGACUAAGCAUGGACUUGGUUCUACCUGGAGAAUCCAGUGCGAGAAUGAAAGCCGUCCGUCGCACAAGACAAAUUCUGUUUUUCGUUCUUUCGAGAAGAGCAGAGCGUUUGAAAUAAACCCGGCCUCAGUUCUUGGCCUUCGAGCAAUCGGUGGUGGACAUUCGGCGGCUUCAAAGUUUUUUUACUUUCCUUGGCCUGGCGCCGAUCGACAAAAACGCCUGGGCGGAUCAUACAAAAAAGAUCGAAGGAGAGGCAAAACUUUUGCUCGAGAAAGAAUUAAACCGUGCUUCUCGUGGUGUAAAAGAGUGGAAGUUUUCCAACGGAGAAUUAAACUGUUCCCUUGCUUGCCGCGAAAGUUCGUUCCUGUUACAUGUUACCUGUCAAAGUCCUAUUGUUAGAGAAAAUUGAUCCCUCUCUGAUAUCAAUCAGAAUAAACAUUUAGGUGUUAUAAUCUCAUUCCAGGUAGGAUGCCGCCAAAAAUGUAUUGUCUAUUUUAUCUGCGAACGCAAAUUUUGCCGAUCGACUCGUACGUUUUGAACUCCAAGUCGGCAGCCUUUCAAUCAAUUUGGCUAAAAUUUGGCCAGAGUGAUGUCAUAUAUCUCUUCUACAAAACCGUGUCUGCGAAUUUUAAUACUCCUUUUCACUUUAAAGCUAGAGCUUUUUUUCCACGGGGAGUGUUGACUAAUUGCCUUUCCCAACUUCAUUUGCUAAUAAAAGAAAAACAAACGCACUUGUCAAAAAUCUGAGACACGGUUUUUUAGUGGAACGUGUUGAGAAGCGAAUGCGGUGUUAAUUGUUUUCUUCCGUUUAUUUCCGGCGGGAGUGGAACAUGAUUUAUAGAGAAGUGUACUUUUACACAAAACGUUCCAAUUUCGAAACACAUUUAAGUAAAUCGUUUUUGUUAGUUCAAAUCCAUAAUCUGGAAUUAUUAAGCUUUUAAAAAAAUAUAUGGUUUGUAGGGGUUUUUAUAAAAACAACUAACGCUACAGCGAUCCGCGCGCGGACGGUCCUGAAGGGUGGCUGAUACCUUAAUACUCAAAACGCCGCGCAUAAAUAGCUCGCUUUUAAAGAUUACACAUAACAAAUCAUAAACAGUUUUAUAAAUAAAGAGAAAUAAAACCUAAACUUAACAAAAUUCUCUAUCAUGUUGAAGCGUAAAUGUUAACUCUAUUAAUUCGCACUACAAAUUUAGUCUGUCAAAAGUGAGAACCCGUCCGACUGGCCGAAAUGGUGGUUUUGGGCCUUUUUUAUCGUUUUCACUUAAAGCCCAUUAUUAUUACCCUGCAUAUCACGUAGGACCAGAUUUUUCUUACUGAAAAGUCCCGGCAUUAUGGAAUUCUCUUCGUGAAAACGUUUUAUUAUGUGGUCAAUGCUAUAAUUUGUUGUGCAAAGUAAGGGCGUGCUUUGAUCGCCCUGGAUAUUGAAUGAGUGCAAUUUUUCUUGCAAAAUUGUGAAAAACUACAGAAUUAUAGGUUUAAAUAGGGCAAAAAAGAACAAAGUCUGUCCCAGGUCUGUAUGAUAAAAGAAAAGGGCCUCAUAGUACUGCGUUUACCUGAGACGUGAUGAGAAAAAAUAUGUUUAAAAGGCUGGUUUACACGGCACCAGAUUCGUCGCCAAGAUUUACUUGUAAACUAAACUUGUCGAACACAAAAAAUCCCGGCCUGAUUUUUCAUUUUGGCAUCCCUUUUAGACAGAAGAAUACAACGUGUAAAUUGGCUGCCACCAAGGACUAUCCUGGCACGUGAGUUUUUUAAAAUUAUAUUUCGACGUUAUCCAAUCAUCCAUGGUCUCUCAAAUGGAGCAACAGCUAAUGCAAAUACAAUACACGAAUAGGUCUAUUUGUUUUCCAGGCCUAAUCUACUGUGAUCGAACAUGAUUGCUAUUUUUGGGUGUACAAAUAAGACUAUUAGCUCGAUGUAAAAUUUGUCUCACUCUUAGACUGUCAAAUUAUUUUUCUCUAAAAUCACUAAGCCCUUGCCUCAAAAGUCACAUGAAUGUGCCCUAAUUUGUGGAUUACAAGUUUAUUGUUUGAUUUAAAUUGUGAAUUUUUUAACGGGAGCUUCGCUUUUAGCCGUGGCUAAAUCUAUAUAUUAAAAGUAUGCAAGUCUUUUUUUAUUAUUAAAUCUAUAUUUUUUCUUUUUGUUUUUAGGUGCGCAAUUUUGGCUACGGAAAACCAUCACUAACCAGUUGAAGCACAGAAACGUGGAAUAUUGCAGUGAUGCCAAAGCGAGCCGAAAAGUCAACACUCCGCUGUUCCGGAAACUGGACAUCCUCACGGAUGAGACGUAUGAAGUAGAGAGACGUAUGAAGUAG